AUGGAUUCCAGCGUAAGAACGGCAGCGCGGCAGCCGUCAAUCACAAGCCUGCCAGCCGCAGAGAAGGCGGAGCGCAAGCGAACCUUGGUCGCUUGUAAUCGCUGCCGUCGGCGUCGUCAAAAAUGUGAUGGAGGAACACCAUCUUGCUCAGCUUGCGUGAAGUCGAACAGCCGAUGUGUCAUCGAGGACCCACACAGCAACAGAGCUUAUCCGCGUGGAUAUGUCUCGGCACUUGAGGCGCGUGUAGCUCAAUUGGAGGAAGCGCUUUACUCGUUCAGGCCUGAUUUGGCUCAAGACCAUCUGGCCAUCCGACCUCAGAUUCUCGACGGAGAGCAAAUUGAUUUGAACAUCACGGACGUUCCAGAUUUCGUAAACCUCGUGGAUUCUGGCAGACUACCUGAUUCCGUCCUGGACGCUGAGGCGCACUCCAGUGGUCACGCUGGCCUUAGUACUCGAGCCGAUCAUGAUGAGCGUGACAGCCUCGCCGACUCAGUGGGCUUACUCGCGCUGUCUGCUUCAGAUAGAGCUAGAGGAGAUCACCUCUACAUUGGAGCGUCAAGUGGUUACGCCUUCGCUCGUGUCUUCGCAAGCACUUUCAAUGCAGAAUUACCAAACUUGCGACGAAGUUCUCUGCCUUUGUCGGGUCCGUACGCUGAUUUGCGCGAGCGCGUUCGUUUUGAUGAUAUUGAGCCAGCUCCGAUUCCGACGCCACUUCUCGCCGAACGUCUCACUCGAGCUUACUUCGCCCAUAUGAGUUGGCAAUAUCCGAUUCUCUGCAAUCUGACAUUUUCUGGAUAUGUCUCCUCUGUCCUCCAGAAUCCUACAGCCGCGCCUGAUGUUGAAUUGUUCUUCGUGAAUAUGGUAUGGGCGAUCGGAGCCCGGCUCAGCGAAGCGGCCUUUGGAUAUAGCGAACGCUACGCUGCGAAAGCCUUCUACAAAUCUGCGCUACAGCAUUGCGAAAGCGUUUUCGAAUUAGACGAUGUGAGGGCGGUGCAGGCGCUUUUCUUGAUGGCUAUCUACGCCCUGCAAAAUCAUGCUGGAACAAGUCUCUGGCGUUUGGUCGGCCUAGCUAUGAAUGUCGCGAUGGAACAGGGUUUACAUCGGGAUGUCGAAGUCAAAAUGUUGAAGCAAGGCAAAUCGCCUGCCGAUAUUGAGUUGCGCAGCCGAAUCUUUUGGUCAAUCUAUGCGUUGGACAGAAGUGACGCGUUGUUCCUGGGUCGCCCUCAUCGCAUCAGUGACGACGACAUUGAUGUCAAGCUGCCACGCGAUGUGGUCCAUCUAGGUCAUGACGGCAGUCUUGUUGAUGCAGAGGUGACCACGGGCCUCACUAUGGUGAUUCAUCUGUUCAAGAUUCGGCGCAUACAAAGUUGCAUUCAGAAGUUUUGCUGUGGUCUUAUUCAACAAGAUGCAGCCAGCCGCAUUAGGGAGAAACAAGCCUUGAGAGCGCAGCUUGAAUCUUGGAUACGGACCCGCCCUCAUCUGUCCGAGGGCCAUCAUUUACUGGGAUCUCCCAUGGAAUACCACGACUUGCUCUAUCACAAUUCGCUCUUUAUUCUCCACCGCACAGCCUUGCAUCAACCAGAGCUCCGGGAAGGCAACACCGACAUCAUCAUCUGUUGCGAUGCGGCAUCAAGGAUUAUCGGGUAUUUUAUCCUCAUGCAAAGAAGGAAUGAAUUGCAAUUCACAUUUUACACUAUGCAUCAUUGUUUCGGUGCAGGCGUUACGCUUCUGUUCUGCAUCUGGUCGGUUCCGCCUACAUCUUUGGAAGUGCUCACAGAUCUGGCUACUCGAAUUCGAAAUUGUUCAAGUCUAUUGACCGCCAUCGCGCAAAUCUUUCCCCAGGCCCGUCCAUUUCGAGAUACUUUCGAGUCUUUGGCGACUGCAAUUCUUUCGCAAGUGUCAAUGAAGAUGCCGAGCAGAACCCCACUAGAUCACCUGGACGCAAAUGACCCUUUCGGCUUAGUCGCCAGCAUGCCUGCUGUUAUGGGAGGUGACACAGAUGUAAUAUAUGUGGACAUGAUCAAUGAAAUUAUGGGCGAGACGGGUCAUUUCCCUCCCUUCGACCCUGGAUCGAAUUACGACUUCGAUACGUUUGGACAAGAGCACCAGCGGCACAUAUUCUAG